AUGGCCUCCACCACCACCACCACCACCAACACGAGUAGUAACAAUCACCCUGUUGUUCACUUGUGGCUCCGUGAUGAAGUCAAACCAUUCGAACAACGUACUCCACUCACACCUCUCGAUGCACAAUUUUUAAUUCAACAACAUGGCUAUAAAAUUAGUGUCGAACGAUCUCUCACAAGAGCCUUCUCAGAUGCUGAAUAUGAACAAGUCGGAUGUGAAUUAGUUCCUUCUCAUUCAUGGGUACUUCCAUUAUUGCAUGGACAACAAGAAUGUACUGAUACAACAGCUACUACCAACACCACCAACAACAAUAAUUUCUACAUUUUAGGUCUCAAAGAAUUACCUCUUCCAAACACCACAGUGACAUCCUCAAAUGGAAUGACCAUUCAAGUACCACAAUAUUUAACAUCACAACGUCAUAUUUUCUUUGCUCAUUGUUACAAGAGACAAUCCGAUUGGAAGGAAACCAUGUCUCGUUUCUCCACUCAUCCCUCUUCUGAAAUACUUGAUUUGGAAUUUCUAAAUUUGGAUAAUGGACGAAGAGUGGCUGCAUUUGGCUAUGCUGCAGGAUUCAAUGGAAUGGCAAUGGGUUUAAUUACUUAUUGUAAACAAAUUCUUUCUAAUUAUUCUCUUGAAGAAUUGAAUCAACAAGUUCAACCAUUCAAAAAUAGAAAUGAAUUAAUUCAAUACAUUAAGAAUUUACUUUCACAAAUUGAUCACAUUCCAAAAGUACUUGUAUUAGGUGCUUUGGGUCGAUGUGGAAGUGGAAGUGUCAAGUGUGCAGAAUUGUGUGGAAUUCCAUCUUCACAUUUAAUUCAAUGGGAUUUGAAAGAAACAAGUCGUGGAGGCCCAUUCAAUGAAUUGAGUACAGAUAUUGACAUUCUUGUGAAUGACAUUUAUUUGAGUGGUAAAAUUGAACCAUUCUUGACAAUGGAAAUGGUACAACGUUCUGAUCGUCGAUUGAGUGUAUUGGUUGAUGUAUCUUGUGAUGUCACUAAUCCAUACAAUCCAUUUCCAAUUAAUUCUCAAGUCACUACUUUUGAUGCACCAGUGAGACGUGUAGUUGAAAUGGCAUGCUCUUCUUCAUCCUCUUCUUCAUGCUCCUCAGAAUUCACAACAAAACCCUUAGAUGUCAUUGCCAUUGAUCAUUUACCAACCAUGACUCCUCAAGAGAGUUCAGAAGAAUUCUCAAAUGCACUCGUACGAUAUUUGGCUGAAUUGAAGAAUGUAAAUUUUGAGAGUAUCACUCCUCUGGAGACAUCACUCAGUAAUACUGAUGCCACUACCACUACUACUACUACCACCACUGAGGGUGUGAGAGUGUGGUUACGAGCUCAUGAAUUGUUUUUGAAAAAGUUGGAAGAAUAUCAACAUGAGAAAGUUGAGAUGUGA